UGGUGUGACCUGAGCUUCCUGCUGGGACAGCCAUGUCAGAGAUGUCGCCUUCCUCCCAUCAUGCUCUGUUUCUCGCUGUGGCCUCUUGCAGAUGAGGAGAACGUGGACGAACGAGCCAAGCUGAGUGUGGCCGCCAAGAGGCUGCUGUUCAGGGAAAUGGAGAGGUCCUUUGACGAGAAGAACGUCUCCAGUCGCCGCAGCAGGAACUCGGCCGUGGAGCAGAGGCUGAGGCGUCUGCAGGACCGCUCCCACACCCAGCCCGUCACCACGGAGGAGGUGGUGCUGGCAGCCACCGAGCCCACCCCUGCUGCUCCGCGCCCCGUGGCCACACUGCCCUGCCCCACCCUAGCGCAGAGCACUGGGCAGCCCGCCAGGCUACAGGCGACCUCUCACCGCAGGGCCGCGUUGGCCGAGGAGGGCAGAGAGGCGGCCGGGCCCGGUGAACCCGAUGCGUCCACCCUGAGCCUGGGCGAGAAGCUGGCCUUGUUCAACAAGCUCUCCCAGCCCGUCUGCAAGGCCGUGUCCACCCGGAGCAGAGUGGACGUGCGGCGCAGGAGGAUGAACGCCCGCUACCAGACGCAGCCCGUCACCCUCGGGGAGGUGGAGCAGGUGGGUGCUGGCACCCGCGCCCGGCAGUGUCACCCUCGAGUCCUUGUGGGGUUGGGUGCUCUCUGUGGCCUCUCGUUGCCAGCCGGCCUGGACCGCCCUUCCCUCUGUGCUGUCUGUCUGUGCAGAGCGGCAAGCUGA